AUGCUGGAGGCUGGGCGGGAAGAGGUUGGGGCAAAGCGGUCUCUCUGCCUUUUAGUCAUCUCUUUUAAGUACUCUAUUCUUUCAUCACCCCACCCCGCACAAGCAGGCAUGGUGGUGUAUGAGUAUGAGAUCCGCAUAGGGUGGGGCAAGGCCGUCUCGCUGCCUGCCUCGGCUCUCCCGGCGCCUCCCCCUGGCCAGAUGGCAGUUCGCCCCAAGGAGCUGCCGCCCAACUCAGGAGAGGCUGUUGCUGCCAACAGCGCUGUUAUUGCUAACAGUGCUGACCCGCUUGCUGCUGCUGCCGCCGCUGCUGCUGCUGCUGCGGCUGCGAUCAACAUGGCGAGCUUGGGAGCGGAGAACGCAGAAGUGGUAAGUGUUCUGGGGAGGCUGUUGGCUAAUAGUGCUGACCCGCUUGCUGCUGCUGCCGCUGCUGCUGCUGCUGCUGCCGCCGCUGCUGCUGCUGCUGCUGCUGCUGCGAUCAACAUGGCUAGCUUGGGAGCAGAGAAUGCGGAAGUGGUCAUCACGCCGAACGUGCCAGACAUCAAGAUAGUCCCGCCCAAGGAUCCACAUCAGCGCCACGUCAUCGAUACGCUGGCGCUGUAUGUGCUGGACGACGGGUGCAUGUUGGAGCAGGCCAUCAUGGAGCGCGGCCGCGGCAACCCGCUCUUCUCCUUCCUCUUUGACCUCGGCUCGCCCGACCACACUUAUUAUGUGUGGCGAGUCUUCUCUUUUGCACAGCAUAGGGGGCGCACUGGCGCUGUAUGUGCUGUACGGGCUGGGGGGGAUGGGUGCAUGUUGGAGCAGGCCAUCAUGGAGUGCGGCCGCGGCAACCCGCUCUUCUCCUUCCUCUUUGACCUCGGCUCGCCCGACCACACCUACUACGUCUGGUGCGUCUUCUCCUUUGCCCAGGUGAGCUACUCGCUCUCUAUCCCUCUUGCGGGUAUGUGUUAUGUGGUGCUUCUCUCCCCUGAGCGGCUGGAGCGCCAUGAGCUGCAGCCUGCAGCUGCACGGGGCAACCCGCUCUUCUCCUUCCUCUUCGACCUUGGCUCGCCAGAUCAUACCUACUAUGAGUGGCGCGUCUUCUCUUUCGCGCAGGGAGACACCCUACAGCGGUGGCGCACGGAUCCCUACAUCAUGAUAUCAGGCAGCGGCAGGUGGAUUCCGCCCCCUCUGCCCAAGACAGACGAGCUCGUGGGCCCCACAAUUCUGGACAAGGACAAGGGCGGAUCAACCUACGCUGCAGGGAAACCAAAGCUUGUGGGCCCCACAAUUCUGGACAAGGACAAGGGCGGGUCCACCUACGCUGCAGGGAAACCUAAGGUACGUUUGACGGAUGAGCUCAUGGGGGCCACUAUACUGGACAAGGACAAGGGCGGGUCCAUCCACCUACGCUGCAGGGAAGCCAAAGGAGCAUUCCCUGAUGGAGAAGCAGAGGGACAGGAGCAUUCCCUAACGGAGAAGCAGCGGGACAAGUUUGAGGACUUUCUGAGGCGACUCUUGCUGGAGAGGGAGGACAUGUGCAACACCAUGGCCUUUGCUCUCGACCACGCAAAAGCAAGCUUCCGAUGUGGGGGAGGUGCUCAUGGAGAGCACUCCCUAACGGAGAAGCAGCGGGACAAGUUUGAGGACUUUCUGAGGCGACUCUUGCUGGAGAGGGAUGACAUCUGCAACACCAUGGCCUUUGCUCUCGACCACGCAGAAGCAACCUUUCGAUGUGGUGGAGGUGCUCAUAGAGAGCACUCCCUAACGGAGAAGCAGCGGGACAAGUUUGAGGACUUGCUGAGGCGUCUCUCUCUCGAGAGGGAGGACAUUUGCAAUGCCAUGGCGUUUGCUCUCGACCACGCAGAAGCAGCCACAGACAUAGUCGAAGUGCUUAUCGAGUCCCUCACGCUGCUCGAAACGCCCAUCCCCCUUAAAGUCGCGCGCCUGAUGCUUGUAUCGGAUAUCCUCCACAAUUCAUCUGCGCCGGUCCGGAACGCAUCAGCCUACCGGACCGCUUUCCAGGGGUAUUUACCCGACGUGAUGGAGAGUUUUAACGACUGUUUGAAUGCCGUUUCGGGCAGGAUGACCGCGGAAGCUCUGAAGGACCGGGUCCUGAAGGUGAUUCAGGUGUGGGCGGAUUGGUUUUUGUUCUCCGAAGCGUAUUUGAAUGGGCUUAGAAUGACGUUUCUGAGGGCGGUUGGGACGGCUGUGCCGCCGUUUCACACUCUGCCCGAGGAUGAAGAGGAGGAGGAGGAGCAAGGCGGGGCUGGGAAUAGGGCUGGUGGGUCAAAGGAUGCAAAUAAUAGCGCUGCUGCUGCUGGUUCUGGUGCCGGUGGUGCGGACAGUGUUGGUGGUGGUGGUGACACUGCUGCUGCUUCUGCGGAAGGAUCAGCAGCAUCAGCAGCAGAGGGAGACUCAGCAGCAGCAGAGGCUUCUGUGCCGGUCUCUCCAGAGGAGGCAGCCCGAAAGGAGCUUCUCGCACUCCCAUUGGUGGAGCUCAAGCGUCGCUGCAAGCACAACGGCUUAUCAACCCGAGGGGGAGUGCCUAUCAUGGUGGCUCGGCUGCUUUCGUUGGAUGCGGCUGAACAGGCAAAGAAGGCUGCCGAAGCUGAGGCAGCUGCUGCGGCUGCUGCUGCGGCCGAAGCUGCAGCAGAGGCUCGGAGGGCGAGCAUCGCGAAGCGAAUGGAAGGGAGUGUGGGGUGGUCGGGAUGGGUUGAGGUGAAGAAGGAGGAGAAGGAAGGGAGCAAGGGCGAUGCGGGUGGGGAGGGGGGUAAGGCUGGUGCUGCUGGUGAUAGUGGUGGUGCUGCAUUGCCAAAGAAGUUUGUCCUGCCUACACCGGAGCUGAAAGCCUUUGGAUCGAAAUUGGAGAAAUUGGAGAAGCUGGGUCCGCUUCUCAAGUCGGUUAAGCUUAAGUUGGAAAAGAAAGCGGUCGGUUUGCCCCAGUCAAAGUGGAAUAAGGAUGAUGAGGAUGAGGAUGAGGAGGGGGGAGGAAAGGGAGAGGAUGAAGAGGGGAAUGAGGAGGGGGAUGAUGACGAGAGGGGAGGGAGGAAGGGGAAGAAGACGAGGGAAUCGGUAGGUGGGAGUGAUGCUGCGGAUGGUUCUCAUUCCGCUGGUGCUGCGGCUCCGUCCCCCUUUAAAGCUGCCUCGAUUGUCUCAUACAACUCGUCAGACGAAGAAGAAGGCUCACCACCCCGGCGCACCUCUGCCGCCCACCGAUACUCUGUCUCUUCUGGGGGAGGCGGUAUCCAGGGUAACUGGCAGAUGCACUUUCAAGACCAGCAGGAGGAGGAGGAGAGGAGGGCAAAGCAGAGGAAACUAGAGCUAGCAGUUUUGGAAUUUAGGGAUGCUUUAGAGGCUCAGCAUUUCAAGGCGUUUGAGGUGGAAGUGAAAGUUGCGGCGCACAGGAAGAAGCUUGAAGAGGAAAUGGCUGCUGGCACGUGGCCGCCCAUGAUUGGGCGGUUGGCGUCGAGCGGGCGGCAAGCGUCGGCUGCAUAUGGCGCACCCCUUGGGACUCCAGGGAGAAGGGAGGAGGUGGGGGUGGCAGCAGCAGGGGGGGAGGAAAGAGAUGAGGGGAGUGAAGGGAGCAAAAGGCAUGUGGUCUCUUCUGAGCAGCAGGAGCAGCAGGGAAGUAAGCACAAACGUGGACGCAACAGGAGCAGGAGCAGAAGCAGGAGUAGAAGCAGGGAGCGGGAGCGGGAAAAGGAGAGGGAGAGGGAACGAGCGAGAGAUCGUGAGAGAGGGAGGGCGAAGGAGAAGGAAAGAGAGGAGAGGGAGAAGAGUGGGGAAGGGCGGGACUCAGGUAGUGAUGAGGGUGAUAAGUCUCAGGAUAGGGAGAUGGGGAAGGGGAGGGAGGAGAGGAGUAGGAAGGAUAAGGACAGGGAGAGGGAACGGGAGAAGGAUAGGAAAAGGGGUAGGGAGAAGGAAAGGGAAAGAGAUCGGGAUUUGAAGGAAACGGAUUGUGAGGAUAGGGAUGAUGAGAAAGGUGGUGAGAGGCAUAAGGACAGAGGUAAGGAGAGAGAGAGGGACAGGGACAGGGAGAGGGAGAGGGAGAGUGGUAAGGAUAGAGAAAGAGAGAGGGAUAGGGAUAGGGAGAGGGGGAAGGAUCGGGAGGAGCGGGAGAGAAGUAGAGAUGGGGAGAAAGGGAGGGACAAGGAACGGCAAGGAGACCGCGACAGGCACCGAGAUAGUCAUAGGGAUAAAGACAGGGAGAGAGAAAGGGAGCGAGAUCGGGAGAGUGCGAAGGACAGGGAGCGUGAAAGAGAGAGGGAGCGUGGGAAGGAUCGUGGGAGGCUGAGGGAGAGAGAUGAGGACGACAGGGAGAGGGAGACAGAGAAGAGGAGCCGGAGGUGA